AUGCGUAGAACUGACCCUUCAGGGGAGACACUCUGGACGAGGCGUGCGGGAGGCGGUGACAGCAGGAGGUGGCAGGUCCCUUUCCCUGUUGCUAACACUUGCGCGACUCAAGUGCCGCUGCUGGCUGCAACAGGAUUCAGGCAGCAGUUCCGGACUGGACAGCAGCCACCACCUGCCAAGAAUCGCUGUCGUGCGCUGCAGGGACAGGUAUUUUUGCAUGGGGAAGGACCCAGCCCGGCGUCCUGCCAGUCUGCCUCGGGAGCCCCUGAUGACAGCGGCCCCGCGAUUCCCCGCGUCCUGACAGCCAACCCUGAGCUUUAGGUGCCCCUGUGCAGCUCUCUUUGGCUCGAUUCGCUCCGGGACCUGGUGAUUCGCGUGCAGCCAGGAGACCGGUGCGAGGUGACAUUACUGGACGUCCAACCCUUGCACCACGGUGCGCUCAGCAUGCGUUACUUCCUCAGCACGUUCGGGGUGCGCCAGGUCCUCUGCACUCACUUGAGUUUGAGCAGCCCCAGGCGCGACUGGGUGCGGAUCCAGCUGAGCUCUGAAGUCCUGACAAAGACGCUGGUCGUCCUGUCGGUGGAAGUGGUCUUCUCCCAACUGGAGCUGGUGACACACAACAGGCUUUUGACCGAGUUUAAACUGCGGUGUUGGACCCAGACCAUUGACUGCAGCAAGUUUGGCAUCCUCUCCCAGGACUCCUGGGACACGGCUCCCCGCAAGUGCAGGCUCACAGCCCUUCCCCUCGAGAGCAGCCCACUGCCCAACUAUGGGCUCUUGGUGGAUGGCGGGGCCCCCCUGCCCAGAGGCAAGCUGGUGGACUGUGAGACUUUUGUCUGCGCUGCAGUGCUAUACCAGCACACUGCCACCUCCUCCCCCAGCAGGGACCACUGCUAGGGUCGUAGAGAAGAGACACGGUUCCCUGGAGGUGUUUGCCUUCGAGCACUUCCGCUGCUAGUAAGGAUCCACAGAGCAUCUGCCAACACCAUGUCCAGGCCCAGCCUCUUGGCCCUGAUGGUGCUGGACAUCAAUCAAAUGGUGUUAACGGCCCUGACCCCUGAUUCACUGGCACAAAGUAAUGAGUCAGACCCUGAUGAGCUAGUGUUCAGCAUUCUUAAUGUCCCCACAGUCCAACCAGGGCACCGGGGGCAGCAGGGCUAGGUAGUCAGCACUGAUGACCCUCUGGGCCCUCCAGUUUCUUUCUUCACCCAGAGAGAGCUGCAGGAGCUCAGAGUUGCUUAUUGUCCCCCUAGGAAGAGCUCCACAAGGGAUCUGUCUUUCAGCUAGAGCUUAGGGAUUGACAGUGAUGGUGCUGCUUCAGAGCCUUUCGCCGUCACUGUGGUGGCAAAUCCCAUGAAUGCCCUGGCUCUGGUAGCUAGCUAUCACUUGGGACUACUACUUUUGGAGGGUCAGUCCAGGCCUCUGUCCAGUCCCUAUAACCUCCAGAUCAGUGACAAAGAAAAUCGGGAAGUGAAAAUGGCAGCAGUCAGGGGUCUGAGACACAGGCAGCUGGUGAUUCUUGAGGCACCUACUGGCUACAAAUACUUCACACCGGGGGACCUGGCAGCAGGGCAAGUGGUAUACUAUCAUGAUGGCAGUGACAACAUCAUUUUUCAAGUGGAAGAUGAGCACUAGCACAUGGAGCACCUCCUCCCCCUCACCGUCAUACCUGUGGAUGAUGAACCACCAAUACUCAGGGCCAACACAGGACUCUCACUGAUGUAAGCACCCUUUGUCCUGAGUGCUACAGACAUUGAUUCGAAGGACUCAACCAUCCAGAGGAUCGUCCUAGAGGGAAAUGAGAGAGAAUGGGAUCUGGUCUCUGGUUCCCGCCCUUCUAGUCAGCACCUUAAGGACAUGCUGCUUUGGCAGGCUGAACCACCUCUGUCCCUUCCAAACAGUGACUGGCACUACAUGGAAAAGGAAGGACAGAUGGUAGUGACUCAGUGACUGCAGAGAGACAUAACGAGUCUCUUCUACUGCCACCUUGGCCCACACAGCCCUCAAUCUGUAAUGGCCCACCUCGCCUUCCAUGUGGAAGAUGACCAUGACCCACUCAAUCCAUCCAACCAGCACUUCUUCACCAUCAAGGUCCAACCUGUGGAUUUGCUGAGUCCAGAGCUGUACAUAGGAUCUACUCUGCAAAUGACUGUGCGAGGAUCAACUCACUUCCAGAAGAAAUUUCUCCAAUAUGUUGACUAAGACUCAGAUAACAAGAAGCUGUGCUACACCUUACUGACACCCCCAGUGGACACAGGGAGCCACCACCAGAUCCAGGCCGGAGAAACUGUGCUCAUUGAUUCACCAGACAUGCCCAUCAUGCACUUCACUCAGGUCCAGCUAAAUCACCACAAGAUUGCUUACCAGCCCCCACACAAGAAGCUGGGGAUUAUACCUUGGGUUGUACAGUUCACCUACCAGGUAGAGGAUGCUGCAGGCACAUUCAUAGUUUUCCUGCAGCCCGUGGACAACCAGCCUCCAGAAAUUACCAACAAAGACUUUACCAUCUCAUAGGGAGACAGGCUUAUCCUCAGCAGUAAUGAGCUGGAUGUUAUAGAUUCUGACACAGAUAUUGACCAAAUUGUCUUCAUUUUAGUCCGGGGUUCCCAACAUGGUCACUUAUAGUACUUCAAAAAAUGUAUGAUCCCAGGGGAAUCUUUCACAUGAGCUGAUAUUAUUUAUGGGAGUGUCUCUUACCAGUGAAGCAGAGACCAGACCAGCCGUGAUAGCUUCCAUCUGGAGGUAGGUGAUGGGGUGUACCACAUACCCAUCACUGUCAAGGUUUCUGUGCAUCUGACUGUGGCCGAUGGAAGUCCCAGGCUCUCUAUCACAGAUAGCCCAUCACUGGAUAUUUCCAUAGAUGUACUAGAGAAUAAAGCCAUUGAAAUCACCAUGAGUGUUACUCACAAUAGGAAGGAAAUAAAUGACUUGAUGUCUUUUGCUGUGGAAGACAGCCCUCAAUUAGGCACUAUUCUGGUCAAUGGUUUGCCUACAGAACAAUUCACCCAAGAAGACCUCAUCAGUGGGGCAGUAAUCACUGGAGGUGAAGUUGAUUUCCAAGAGCAGUGCAAUUCCUUCAGCUUCAUCCUCUCCAAGGAUUCUUCUCACUAGGUAGAGGGGGAAGGCAAAAUAAAGAAUUUUCAAGUGCAAGUGAGAGUGCUGCCUGUGGACAAUGAAGCCCCCAAAGUCUUAGCAGAGGAGUCCUUCACUGUCUACAAAGGUGAGAAGAGCCCCUUGACUUUACAGCAUCUCAACACUGAAGAUGCUGACACUUCUCAAGAUGAAGUCCUAUGCAAAGUAAUUGGGCAGCCAGCCUCUGGCUACCUGGAGAACAUUGCACCAGCUCCUAGCUCAGAAGUGUCCAGGGCUCAUAAUGCCAUCAGUGCCUUUUAUAUAACCAAGGAUUUGAAAGAGGGACACAUCAAUUAUGUACAGAAUAUCCAUGAGGGGGUAGAACCAUGAGCAGAUCAAUUCACAUUUUAUUGCUCUGAUAGCAUCAAUUUCUCCCCAAAUGUCUUCCUCCCAAUCAUCAUCUUACUCACCAAUGAUGAGCAGCCUGCUGAGUUUCUGGUAUUAGAAGGGAUGAGCCUGGUCAUAGAUAGCCCACUGCUCAGUGGAGCAGACACUGACCUGCCACCAAAUAAGCUUCAUUUUCAACUUACAGCCCUCCCUUGCCAUGAACAAAUUAUAUGGCAGCUGGCUUCAAGUAACCAGCCCAUCUGCAGCUUUACCUUACAGGAGACAGAGGCAUCCACCAUCAUGUAUAAGUAUGGUGACUGGGAGACCACAGAAGACAGCUUUGAGAUCGGGCUGAGUGAUGGCAAGCAGACUACCCACACAAAGAUACCAAUUGUGGUGAUCCCAGUGAAUGGUGCAACCCCUCAGCUGAUCAUUAACAGUGGACUGAGAGUAGAAACAGGACACUCUAAAGUCAUCACAAAUAAGGUCCUCAAGGCUAUAGAUCUUGACUCAGGUGAUGAGAACCUCAGUUUUAUCCUCCAUUCUGGGCCUUAACAAGGGCUUCUAUAGAGAAUGAGAAAACCUAGAGGAGAAGUGAAGAACAAUAUCUCCUUGGGAAUGAAUCUUACCCAGGAUGAAAUUGAUAGAGGCCUCAUUUGUUAUACUCAUACAGGUCAAAAAGGGUUUGUUGAUUUUAUCAAGUUUGAUGUAACAGAUGGGGUUAAUCUUAUAACAGAACAAUACUUCUACAUUGCUAUUAGCAACUUCAACAGGGUCCUUCCUGGAGUAGUCAGCAAAAGGAUCAUUUUGACAGAAGGGGACAGAGUGACCCUCACCAGUUCACUGCUUAACAUAAAUGACACUCAAAGCCCUAGGGCACCACUUCACUUCACCAUUACAUAGGCUCCUGGCCUGGGCCACUUGGCAUGUUCUGACCAGCCUGGGGAGUCUAUUUCCUGUUUUGCUGAGCCUCAACUAGCUAGCAACAAAAUAUCCUGUGUCCAUAUUUCAAAUGAGGAGAUAAAGAGGGAUGCAUUUGAGUUCAGAGUGACUGGUGCUUAUGGUUCUGUUUUCAGGGCUUUCAAGGUCUUCCUCACAGAUGGAGACAACAGGAAAACUGUCUUGACCAUCCAUAAUCUAACUCUGCAGGAAGGAGACAGCAACCUGCUCACUUCUUUAGAGCUGACAGUGGAAGACAAGGGUAUGCCAGAUGAUUUUAUUCUCUUUACAAUCACUUUUACAAUCCCUAUCCAUGGUAGGAUUCUAUAUAAUGGUAGCCAUUCUGUGACUACUUUUACCAAGCAAAACCUGAGUGAGAAAUUGAUUAGCUACUGGCAUGAUGGCAGUGACACCACGGAAGACAAUUUCUCCUUGACUGUGACAGAUGGCAUGGACAUUUAUUUCUAUGACUUCCCAGACACUGCCCUGGAGACACACACCCCUCAGGUAAUGAGGGUCCACAUCACUUCUGUUGACAACAAGGCUCCGCACAUUGUCAUUAACAGAGGCUCCCCAGCCUUGAAGCAGCUUCACAAUGAACACCUGGGCUUCCUCAUUACCAGUAAGACUCAAGAGGCAGGAGAUGAGGACAGUCUUCAUAGGCUCCUGAGGGAUAAAGUGACCAGGGGACCAGGGCAUGGCUUCAUUAUCAACACUUGCCUUGGAGACGAGAGCACCCAAGUAUUUACACAAGCUGACAUUGGAAUGCAUAUCUGCUAUGUCUUGAAACAGGGAAGCAACGCAACAAAAGACUUCUAUUUCUCGAUUGAAGACAGUGGUAAUCUCAGUCUUGGUAUAUCAGGAAGAAUAACUGAUUAUAGCGAUUAUGUCACCUUGGACAAAGUGGUGCAAUCAGCAAUAACAACAACUUCAAACAGCCCAGAAAAUGCCAUAUUGAGACAACCUGAAGACCAUGACAGCAUCCUGCACUUUGACAAGCAUGAAGCUGAAAAGACCUGCCAGAUCUUCACCGUUGAAGACUCUUUCUGUGAAGAGGAGGAAUCCUUUCACGUGUCCCUUAGCCUGCCAGUGGGAGGGCAGCUGGGAGCCAGGGUCCCCACCACCAAGGUGAUCAUCCUGGCUAAUCACGAGGAUGAGCCUACUCUGUGCUUUGGAGAUGCAGAGUAUCAUGUUGAUGAGCACGCCGGCUACCAGGAGGUGUGGGUCUGGAGAAGAGGUACCAAUCUUUCCCAAGCAUCAUCCGUCACUGUGCACUCAAGGAAAGCAGAAUGGACUCCAGGAGAAGCUGAAAUAGAUUAUGUUGGUGUCAGCCAAAGUCUGUACUUUGCCCCUGGAGCACACAUGCAGACAUUCCAAGUGACAAUCCUUGAAGACCAGGAGCAGCCCAUCCUGGAGGGUUCAGAGAGGUUUGAAUUGCUUCUCUGGGAACCUAGAAGUGCAGUUCUUGGAGAACCAAGUAGAACCACUGACAUCAUCAAUGACGCCAUCACUGACUGAAAGGGGAGUGCUUAUAGUUCCUUGGAGUGA